CCUGAAGAGAGUCUGUGAGUAGACCUGAAGAGAGUUCAGCAGGACCAGCUGAAAAAAACAGUAAUCAACCAUGGAGAAGAUAUUUUAAAUGUUUUGAAUUGAUAGAAAAAGGAAAGCUGGAUGUUAGUGAUGACCCUCUUCAUCCAGAAAUGCUCCAAAAACUAGAAGCAUGUGCAUUUCUAGAGCAGUCACAAGAAGCAACAUUAGACAUCGACCCAUCACUGAAUCAAGUAGCCUCUGCACAGAACCAGUCCUUUAAAGGAGGAAAAGGCGUGCCACACAGAGACAAAAAGGAUUAAACUUUGCUCCUCUGCAGAAGGUUCAACUCCAGGAGUCAAUCAGGAGGAUGAUGCUGCUCUGCUGCUAAAAAGGUAUCUGUAUGAAACGCCCAGUACCCCAGUUGUCCCAAACACCUUGCUAGCCACUCCUCACAUCCUACACCCCCCAGACCACUAUAGGAGCAGUCCAGCUGCCUCUCUUGCUCUCACAGCAUGCCUUCACAGAGUAAAAUAACAUCAGCAAAGCCCUUAACCCGAGCUCAACGUUUACCUGCUCUGCUGCUAAAAAGCAUCUAUGAGGAGUUUACACCUGAGAUCACUGCUGAUGAAGAGGAGGAGACCUACAGGUUCCAGAGCUCCUGCCCCGGCCUGUACCAGUGCAGGCUGACCGGCCUGGUGUUUCACAUGGAGGGAGAGGGGGAGCUGCUUUACAGGAUCGUCCCUUGGAACACGAGGCUUCUGGCCCAGCAUCACAAGAAGCCUGCCGGACCCCUGUUUGACAUCAAAUGUGUGCCACAGUCAGUGUGUCAGCUGCACCUCCCUCACUGUGAGAUCCGCUACACAGCAGCCUGUCGCUUCUUGUCCGUUGCUCAUGUGAAAGAUGAGAGCAUUGAGGUUAUCCGCCCUCACAAGGUAACAGAAACUCAUGUUAUUAUAAAUAUCACAGGGUUUUCUUGUUUAGGGAACGUUAAGGAUAAAGACUCGCCACCUGAGCCGGUCCGAGCGCAGGUUCUGCUGUUCUACAGGCGCCCAGCUGAUCCUGAUCCCACAUCCAUCUUAAAUGUGCUGUUGCUACCCAGUAACGUCUUGAUCAAGGAUGUGCAGCACAAAAGGAAGAUGGUAGUUGGAGAAGAGACCUACAUAGAAAUCCCCCCCCACUGUAAACUGCACCCACAGCAGGAGUACACUCUCUCCACUCGUCCAGAGGACGACUCAGUUCGAGUUCAACCACCAGAGGCAGAGUUUUACUGUGACGACUAUGACAACUACCACCCAUCAUUCCAGGUGACUUUGGAAACAAGGAUGAAACAUAUUGAGCUGGAUUUGAGAAAUUCCAAAGCCUCCCUCAGUGUCUGGGAAAGACGAGUGUGUCUCUCCUCUGGAGUGAAAAGGUCCUGUGAGCAGAGCUCUCUGGAACUUUCUGCUCAUGAGAGGCUACGGGACAUAUGGAGCGACUUCAUCGAGAGGACAUCAAAACCUCUCCUCAGAAGUCUUGUGGACAAACUGUUUGAGAAAAAGGUGCUGUCUGAAUCUGAGAGGGAGAGCGCGGAAGAGAAGCAAAACAGAAGCGACAAAGCUAGUUUUGUGAUUGACACAGUGAUGAAGAAAGGACACAAAGCUAGUUCAGAAAUGAUUAAGUUUCUUUGUGACGCUGACCCCUAUCUCUGCGAACAGCUUGGGUUGAUCUGAAGCUGAGAGGUGGUGAUGAAGAGUUUUGUGGAGUCUGAUAAGAACGAUUACAUUUACGAUGGAAAGAGAGUGCUUUUAGUGAGGAAAAAAAAAAAGGUUGAGCUGCUAGUUCAGAGAUGAUUGAGUUUCUCUGUGGGGCUGACCCCUUCCUCUGUGAACAUCUUGGGUUGAUGUUAAACUAAACGAACGGCUGAUGCAUGCAGGUCAUCCUGUAACUGCCUCUGUGUUUACUUUAUAACAUUUUUAGAAAUCUUUGACCAAGUAUGUAAAAUAUGGUUGUUUUUUUGUUGAUGUUUUACUGUCAACAUUAAUUUAUAUUCUUGCCGUUCAAAUAUAUUCAAACAUAGAGAAACAUAUGAGAGGAUUUUGUUCUUCCAAAUGUAUCUGAGUGAUUAUUUUUUCUGAUUAACUUCUUAUGACGCUUGUCCCUUUAUUCUUUACCGAUCACUGACCCUCUAUAUGUUUUGAUUCUACCUUUAAUCUUAUUCGAUUUUACAUCUUUAGAACUUAGUUUAAAAACCCCACAAAUUAAACAAACAAUAAGGAUGCAAUAGGUAACAUUUCUGCUCUAAAGUAGCCUGUUUUUUUACUUUGUCAAUAGUGUCUGUAACACUAUAAUUUUACAGUCAAUUAUUGCUGAACAAAACUGUUCAGCUUUGUUUUAAAUAAAUAUAAUUUAAAGGCACUUAAUCUCUUUAAAGGGGGAUCAAUAAAGCCUUAUUUUAUUUUACCUUUAAAAUAUAUUACAUUUGUCUCAAAACCUCUUUAAUAUAUGUUGUCCCGUCAUACGCCAGCAGGGGGGGGGGCAUUUGCUUAAUAAUGGAGAGGUCAAGUCCAUGACUCCCAGUGAAACAUGAAGGGAGGAUGCUGUUUAAAAAUACUUCACUGACACAGAAGCCCAUUAAGAGGUGCUAUCACAAAGAAAACUAAAAUAUUAUUUUUAAUAAAAAGGUGUAGAGAUAUCACAAACUAGUGUUGAACUACUAAAGAAUAUAUUUGAUGUGAUAACUGCUCUGCCUGAUGUCCUUGGUAUAUUGUGAGUGUGAGAGAGAGCAUGCUUUAAUGUUCAUCACAGAUACAUUGGUAUUAGUGUAUAAUGAAUGUUGGUCACUUUGAUUAAAGAAAGGCAAUGAAGACAA